AUGUCUCAAGCCAACCUCCCCGGGUCCGACAUCAAGCCAUGGACCCGCCCCGCACCAAAGGGAUACAAGUUCACCAAUGCCAACAUCGUGGACGUCCACUCCGCCACAAUCAAAGAGAACUCAACAUUAGUAACAGUCGAAGGCAAAAUAGCCUUUGUCGGCUCCAAUCCACCCGAGUCUAUACUAUCAGCCGACCUCCAAACAGUGGACUGCCAAGGUAAAUAUCUCUGUCCGGGGCUCUUCGACGCGCACGUCCACCUAUGCGCAGUGCCCGGCUUCACAGAUCUAUCCAAAGCAUUCGGAAACCCAAAUGAUGUCCAUCUUCUCCGGCAGCCGUACACCGCAUCGCAGAUGCUGCACCGCGGCUUCACCAGCAUCCGCGAUUGUGGCGGUGCCCAACUCGCCCUGAAAGAAGCUAUCGAGGACGGCGUCUUCCCCGGACCCCGCCUCUUCCUAUCUGGCCAUGCCUUGUCCCAGUUUGGAGGCCAUGGCGAUCUGCGUGGAUCGCAUGAAGCUACCGGCUGCUGCGGCGGUACUCAUAGCAACAACCAUCUGGGUCGGAUGUGCAACGGCGUGCCGGAAUGCAUGUCUGCUGUCCGUGAAGAGAUCCGUUGCGGCGCGGAUUUCAUCAAGAUCAUGGGCUCCGGUGGCGUGGCGUCUCCCACGGAUAAGCUGGAGCAUCUCCAGUUUACCGCGGCUGAGAUCCAGGCUAUGGUGGAGUGCGCUGAUAAUGCGGGAACUUUCGUCACGGCUCAUGCGUACACGGUCAAGGCUAUUCGGCACUGUAUUGAUAAUGGUGUUCGGGGAAUCGAGCAUGGCAACUUUGUUGACCCGCCUACUGCGAAGAUCAUGGCGGAGAAGGGCAUCUAUUUGACGCCUACGCUUAUUGCGUAUGCUCAGAUGGCUUCGGAGAAGUGGAAACAUUAUCUUCCUAUUGAAUCUCAAGCGAAGAAUCAGAUCGUGCUGAAAUCUGGGCUUGAUGCUUUGCGUGUCGCUUCGGAGGCAGGUGUAACCAUGUGCUAUGGGUCUGAUUUGCUGGGACCGUUGGGCUCUGCUCAGACUCAUGAGUUUGCUUUGCGGUCGCAGGUUCUGACUCCUAUUGAGAUCUUGCGCAGUGCUACUAUCAACCCGGCGAAGAUGAUGGGGUGGGAGGAUGCUAUUGGCCAGAUCAAGGAGGGCUUCCAUGCUGAUAUUGUGGUUUUAAAUAAGAAUCCCUUAGAGGAUGUUACGGUUUUUGAUAGACCUGAGGAACACGUUCUCGGAGUUAUGAAGGAUGGACGUGUUUACAAGAGCAGGUGGAAUGCCCUGCUGGAAGAUAGUCAGAUUCCUAUUCGGGUUCAAUGA